GCUGUCAGUAGCGCUCGUUUUGUUUGUUUAUUUACCGUUUGCCUAUUCUUUUAUACAAGGUACCCUCAAGUGAAUAAUAGGUUGAUGUCGUUUUGUGGAAAGAACGUAGGCGGUGAUGAACAAGUUCAAACAUGUUCAAGGGUGGAAGACGAUAAUUUAAAUGUGAUUUCAAGUAUGGAAGUAAUCGGAAAUAUGGAGUGCGAACAGUAUAUGGAGGGUAAUAUUACGCCGAAAGGAACAGAAAAAAGAAGACGGCCGAACAGUGAUGUAAUAGAGGAAAAUGACAUAGAUGAUGGAUUUAUUACUGUGCGUACUAGACGUUCGAAACGAUUUGCUAGAAACAUCACAAAACAUAGUGACUUUCACAAGUCGAAUAAUAGUAACUUAGAAGAACAGUAUCAAGUGAGUAUUACAUCUAAAGAAGUUUUGCCAAAACAAAUAGCUUUUGCUAAGCUUUUAAGAGCAGAAAAUAUUACUAAUAUUCUUAGAAUAAAGUUCAGGAGUCCAUUCAAAGUACUCAUACAGUUUGAAUGCAAAGAACAUGCAGAGAAAUUAAUUCAGAAUAAGAAGUUAAGUGAUAUGGGGUAUAGGAUGCAAUUAGUGGAUGAAAUAAAUGUGUCUUAUGGCAUAAUUAAAGAAAUUGAUUUAGAUGAAGAGGAAAAAGAAUUGAUGGAGAAUCUUCAGUGUGACCAUGAAAUAUUGGCUGUGAAAAGACUUAAGCGCUUAUCGGACGGAAAAUGGAUAGAUAGUGAGACUGUAAGAAUAUCUUUUAAAAGUCAGACUUUACCUCCGUACGUAUAUGGGUUUGGUUGCAGAUUUGAAGUGAAAGCAUAUAUGUUUCCUGUAACUCAAUGCGCGAAAUGCUGGCGGUUUGGUCACCAAACCCGUCUCUGUCCAAUGAAAAAAAUCGUAUGCCCAAAAUGCUGUUCAGAUCAUGAAAAUUGUGAAACGACAGAAUAUAAAUGCGUUAAUUGUAAGAAUGAUCACAUGGCAAAUGACAAGACAUGUCCAAUAUUCCUAAAAGAAAAAAUGAUAAGAAGAAUAAUGCUUUUGGAGAAUUGUACUUACCGAAGAGCUCUUGAGAUACAUCGGAAUAGCAAAAAUAGAAAUGAAGAAUAUGACAAGAGUGAAUAUGACAAGAGUGGAAGUGAGUGUGAAAGUACUGAUCAAGAUGAUCAUACAAUGAAAGGCACAGAUUUUUUGAAAAGGACUUAUCGAGAUAUUUUGUUGACUGAGGCAACAGUACACGCAGAAAAGUCUGAUACAGAUGACAAUAUGAAUAACGAAGAAGGUUCUGUUGCUAAUACUAUAAAGUCUAAAAAUAAAAAGAAGAAAAAGAAACAGUCAAAGACAAGACCCUCAAAUGAAGAUCGGUUUAAGCAGAGUUCACAAGAUAAUGAAGAGCAACCCAAUCAACAUACAGAGAAUGAAGCAUCAAAAGAAUGUAAGAAUAAUAUAUAUGAAGCAAACUUCACCUGA